AUGGCGAAUUUCUCAGACAGACAGACCCAAAAAUUUGAUGUUGUCAUCGUGGGUUGCUCCGUUGCUGGGUUGACCCUUGCCAGUGCUCUCUCUAAUCGUAAUAUUGACUACGUCGUUCUCGAAUCCCACAAGAACCUGCCAUCACCUCUGUCUGGGAAUGCACUGACGCUACUCCCUAAUGGGGUGCGUAUACUCAGUCAGCUCGGAGUGUUGGAAGAUAUUCAAGCUGUUUCGCAGUCAAUCAGCAGCCAUUCGACCUGGCUUGCCAACGGAUAUCUGCUAAAAACGGUUGAUAUGAGGCAGCUUCCAUGCACGAGGCAUGGUUACGACUCGGCUGUGAUCGCCCGCUGGGAUUUAAUACAGAUCCUGUAUAAUAGUUUAGUCGGGGACAAGCAUCGCGUUGUGUUUGAUAAGCGUGCAGUUCAGUUCGAACAAAGCGCGUCAGAAGUCAAGGUGAAAUGCGCCGAUGGAUCCUCAUUUACCGGGGACGUAAUUGUCGGCGCCGAUGGAAUCCAUAGUGUCACACGAAGGGAAGCUCUCUGGCAUCAAGACCUUUCUAGAACGCUAUGUAGUAUUCAAAGUGAGCCACCAAGGUUGACCUCCGAUUUUUCUGGCAUUUACGGCAUCUCAAACCCUAUACCUGGUUUACACCCAGGGCAAGCGCAUCGAACCUAUGGAAACGGAUUCUCCUUUAUAGUAAACGUUGGCAAACACGGUCGUAUAUACUGGCUUCUGUCAAUCAAAACUAGAGAAACAUAUCAGGACCCCCGACUUUCACGUUAUGCGCAUGACCAUACAUCAAUCCACAAACACGUCCGACCAUUCUUAGAUACCCACAUUUCUGGUUCUGUCCUCUUCAAAGAUCUGUAUUACAACUCGAAAACAUGUCUCCACGUUGGGCUCGAGGAACUACUCUGCGACAAAUGGGUUUCAGGGAAUAUUGUAUGUAUUGGUGAUUCCGUGCACAAAAUGACUCCAAAUUUGGCACAAGGGGCGAACUGUGCUAUUGAGAGUGCCGCGUCGCUAGCAAACUGCCUUGUCUCUAUCCUAGAUAAACGCCAGGGUUGUGUCCGUUCUGACACAUAUGGGCGUGAGGCGAUCUUACAAUCCUGGGAAGCCUCACGGAAACACAGAAUGAAAUUCUUCUACACAUGCGCCUGGAUACUGGCUCGAUGUGAAAGCUUUUGUGGGACUUUGUUCAAGGCGCUAGGGCUAUACAUUGGUUCAUAUCACGGUGAGCAAGUCAUCAGCUACAUAUCAGAUAUUGAUGGCCAAACAGAAUACUUGGAUUUUUUGCCAGAUCCUCCGCGCUUAUCCAAAACAGCAUCGAAGGUGGAGCAUGGGAACCUCUUUCAUCUAAAUUAUCUAUUUGUGAAGAUGGCAUUCGCACUCCUAGACGGCUCGCUUCGACUUUGGCAGUUUUGUUUCUCAUAA